UAGUUUACAUCUUAUUUAUCUCUAAAGAAAUCUGCAACAUAGAAUAGAACAUCAUCAUUUUCUGUAACUGUAGCUCUCAGCCCUAAUAAAUAAAUAAAUGUAACAAUAAAUGAAUAUUAACCAUAAAUCAGCAGUAUUGCACUUGUAGAAACACUCAAUAUUAGAGUCAGAGGCAAUUUUAUACGUUUUGAAUCACUAUAUGGUCACUAAUAAGAUUUGUCUUAUUUUAUAAUUUAAUAACAUUUUACUAAUCAUUUUAAUAUAAUGUAAAUAUAUUGUAAAUUUAGAAAUAUAUAGACCAAAGAGUUUUUGAACUCAUGAUUUAACAUUGUACAUGGAUUAUUGUCGAGCCCUGGCACCUUCCUUUAUUAAAGGAAAUAGGAACGUAAAGAGCUUUGCCUCAUUUUCUGUGAUCAAACACAUUGUUUGCAUGCAUUUGGUUGCAUAUGUGUUUUUACAUCAAAUCAGAUGGAUGUUUAGUCCUCUCUAUAAUAUAUACACCACUGAAGUGCUUAGACAGGAUGAUAGUGAAACUGUAGAGGUGUGGAUCAAAUAAUCUGAGCAGACAGAGAGGCUGAUAAUGAAGCUUUAGAGAGACUCUGUUAAUGAGGUCUCCGCAGUAAUGUUAGUUGGGAAUAAAAGCGUCAGGCGGGAUCAAACGAGACUUCUAACAAUCACAAACCUUUAAGCUGCCUUUGUACUGCAGGACCUAAUGCACAGAUUACAGUGUUUAUAAAAAUAACACGACGAGAUAUAACAAUGUGUUUUCAGAAGAAGAAAUAUGUUGAAGGAAUUUAUUCAAAUAUCAAACUCUGGUAAACUGAACCAUGUUGUUAGGUUAAUUAACUCAGAUCCUACAUGCAGAAGAAUCUUAAUUAUGAAUGUUAUUUGUGCAUCACAGUGUCAAAACAAAGGCACACACUGACAUCUACUCUACUCGUGAUGAAUGUCAGCGAGCCUCUAUCAUGCUGAUACGCACCAGCAGCUCAUGAAUACAAGUGGAAAAAGGGAAGAGAACGACAGCAAGAGGAGGAGGAGAGAUGAAGAAUGAGAAAUGAAAAAGUGUUGCAGAGGAGAUAUUCUGCAUCACACUGCUGUAAUAGCUAGUUUGGGCUGGUGUGGAUUGAGAAGAGAAGAUGUGAGAUAAAGAGAAGCUGUGUGUUGAAGGAAGAUGGCGAGCAGCAGAAGACGAUUGGACGAGCUGUGAGGAGGCGUGGCCAGAGCCUGAAUGAUUUGUGCGACAGUUACCAGAGAAAGAGGAGGCGAGAGACUGUGAGUGUGUGUGUGCAUGUGUGUGAGGGGGUGUAGGAGCGCAGGAGAGACAUAGGAGAUCUGUUCUGCGGUAGCUGUUGGGGUUUUGUAUGCUGAAAGGACUACGGCUCAGGCUGCUGUCUCUGCUUUAUACCUGGAGUGAAGAGCAGAGGACAGAAGAGGGUCGAUGCUGAACCUAUUAAUGCUCUGCCAGACCUCUGGAUCCUGAAGCAAACUGAGAGGGAUAAAGACACAGAGGCUGAGAUAGAAGGAGAAAGAAGUGGCGUGGAAAAGGGAAGUCAGCUUUAAGGAAAGAAAAUGAGAAGCAGCAUGAGGGACAGGUUGAAGAGAUGAUGCAUUGGUUCAAAAUUGAAGAUUGAAACCUUGACUGGCAAAGCAGUGCAAGCCUCUGUGUAUUAAAAUAUGUGUCAGUUCAUCUGUAUUUAUCUGUCCAUUCAUGCUGUCUGGGAAAUCUCCAGCUGAUUUGGAGGUCAAGAAAAUACUGGAUAUUUUGCACAGUCCAGCCGUGAGUGGGACUUCUUCUCGUUUCUCCAGUAGGCGUGCCUUAAGCAUUCAGGUGUGCCGAGGGGUGUUUAUUUGUCAGGAGGCCAGAGUCACGUACAUGCUGAAACGAGUCUGGUCCAAUGGAUGUUUGUGGUAAGGCAUCUUCCUCAAUGAAGCGCCAUUAAAGCACCAUUAGAGCACCUGUGCCAUUGAUUGAAGGUCCAGUAAGGAUUAAUUGCAUUGCAGGAAAUUACUGAAGUGCUUCUGGAAGAUACUGAAUCAGCAGUUAAAAGUGAUUAAACACUCAUAAGGACUGUGGGUGGACCGUUGUUGGACUUUAUUCCUCGAAUGUCUAUACUUUGUAACGUUUAGCUUGUGGACCAAAGACUGUUGCAUCUUGAAUGCGACAAAAAUGCGAACUCCUUUUCAUCAAAAAAAACAAAUAAUGUCCAUAUUUUAAGGACAGCGGGUUUGUGUUUUCCAGCUUGCUAGUUUGUCACGUUUCCUACUUUGUGACUUGUCUUGUAAAAGUGGGGAUCAUUUGGCCUCUGGGGGUCCGGGCUCCAGCCCCGGUCCCGGCCCCCAACCCAAAAAUGCGCCGCUCGAGUACAGACGAAACCCCGUACCGCCGUAGUCCCUCUUUGGACAGCAAGCCGGGGUCGCCGCCUCUGCGCUACAGCGGCGAGUACGAGUACCACAGCUCACCUUUCGUCUUUGGCAUUCGUACCACGCCAGGGUCAAAGAAAGCUAAAGCCAGCUACACCACAGCACAGGGCAGGAAAUAUGUGGUGUUUUACCUGGACCUGUCCUUCAUCUUCCUCCUAGAGCUGCGGCGCUGCAGGAUGGCCGAGGGCUGCCUGAGGGCCCUGAGAUACGGGAUGGUUUUCUUCAAUCUGCUCUUCUGGCUGGGCGGCUGUGGGAUUCUCGGAGUGGGAGUUUGGCUUUCCAUCACCCAGGGAAACUUUGCCACCCUUUCAUCCUCCCUACCGUCGCUCUCUGCUGCCAAUCUGCUCAUCGCUGUGGGCAGCAUCAUCAUGGUGAUUGGCUGUCUGGGGUGUGUGGGUGCGGUCAAAGAGAAUCGUCCAUUACUCCUGAGCUUCUUCAUUCUGUUGCUCCUGAUAUUAUUGUUGGAGAUUCUGUUCUUGAUUCUGUUCUUCGCAUAUCAAGAUCAGAUUGAUCUGUAUGCACAAAGUGACCUGAAAAAGGGUCUCCAGCUCUUCGGGACUGAAGGCAACAUCGGUCUGACCAACGCCUGGAGCAUCGUCCAAACUGAUUUUCGCUGCUGUGGAGUGACCAAUCACACGGACUGGUUUCACGUGUACAAUGCCACGCGUGUGCCGGACUCCUGCUGUCUGGAGUACAGUGAUAACUGCGGUCUGGAGAAUCCCGGCACCUGGUGGACCGCUCCGUGCUACGAGCGAGUGAAGGGCUGGCUGCAGGAGAAUCUGGUGGCGCUGUGGAUUUUCGCUCUCUGCACGGCUCUAACGCAGAUCCUGGGGCUUGUGUUUUCCAUGACCAUAUUCUGUCAUGCAGUAAAAGUGGACACGUUCUAUGCAUAGAGACGCGGUUCAGGACCAAACCAUUUCAGCCCGUUUCUGCUUCAUCUUCACACACGUCAGUCUUUAUCGCUGUAGCAAUCAGUUGUAAUGUUUUGCUAACACACUGCUAUUUGCAACAUGAUUUUAUAAUUCAACUCAACUAAAUGAUGAAAAAAAAAAAUUACAAAUUGCUCUUUAUUGUGAAUAUUUACUGGACAAUUCGUCCACUUGUGAAGAAAAUAUAGCAAUGUUAAACAGAGACCAGUAACUAAUGUCAUGAUUUUAUAUUUGUAUAAUUUCAUAUUAAUAGCCUACGUAUGAUAUGAACAACAGCAAUUUAUAUUUAUUCAGAGUGGGUUCUCAAUAGAUUUUAGGCAAGAUAUAAAGAUCACAUUUUUGUAUAUCUGAGACAGUCUUCAAAGCAAAAGCAGUAAUAAAACAGAAGCAACACUUUAGUGGAGCAAAUGAAGCACUUGUGUAGGAAGAAGCACAGCUCUGUAUGCUGUUCAACAAAGCCAAUUCAGUAAAAGAGCAAAAUAUAAGCACAAUUUACUACAUUUACAGUGGAACCCAGCGUCACCAAACAGUCUAUUAAACAAUCUGGAUAAUAAGGCAUCUAGAAUUAUUAAUGGAGCUGAUGAAACAAUCAUUUAUCAUGUUCACUCAUCCCUUUUCUUAAAAAAUGGUUAAAGGCUGAAAUGUGAGGUUUAUUAUUUUAUAAUUAACUUCUACAUGUUAGUAGAUAACAUUAUGUUGUAAGUCACCCAACCAUCUCUCUAGUUCAUUUAAAAUCCGGCCAUCACUGUUAAUGUUAUUAUUUGAAUGUUUCUGCUGUUGUUUCAUUUAUUAAAUACUUAACUGACUUUGUAAUCCCUGGCUGUCAGCAGAUGAAAUGUGUGUCUGCUAGUCUGUAUGUUAAAAUAUGGAUCUGCUGGUUAUGUUCCCAUAAUAUUUACACUCUUAAGUUCCCAUGUGUCAGUGUAGAUUUGGGAAUAGAGCUCAUGAACGAAUCCUUGGUGGCCGCUUUGAACCCUUGAUGUGCACUUUUGCCAAAUCUGCAUUAACGAUCAACCUGAAAGCCAAUGCGGCUUUAUGCCACUGAAGUACAGACUCAAAAGAUGAGAGAAAGUGUUCAGGGUGUCAUUUGAGACGGAGCCGAUCUCAUUCAGCACGAGGAGAAAGAGCGUGGAAGCAGUGCAAUGAAGAGUGAAUUAGUGUGAAUCCCCCGUUUAUGAAAGAUGACCAUACACAAUUAAAUACAACCGAAACACAUCAUUUACUUUUUUAGGAUAUUGCUGUUUCUGUUUUUUUCUAUAGUGUGAUAAACAUCAAACCAACCCAGAAGUUCGACAAAAGACUGGUCGCCACCUGCUGGUGUAAUGAUGUACUGAUGUAUCUACAGAAGAACAUACUGAACAGACUGAAUCAAACAGUUUCACUCACUUGGUACUCGCCACACCUUGCUGUGAUCAGAUUAGUCUGAAUUAGAAUAGGAAUUAUGAGAUAACACCCACCCAUUCUCUAAAGCAGUGGUUCCCAAACCUGUGGUGAAGGACCCCCAGCACUGCACAUUUUGUAUGUCGCCCUUAUCUGACACACCUACUUCAGGUCUUGCAGUCAGAUGAAUCAGGUGUGUUAGAUGAGAGAGACAUCCACAGCGAGCAGUGCUGGGGCUCCUCCAGGACAGGAUUGGGAACCACUGCUCUAAAGCGCUUGUCCUGUAGGUUGUGAAGAGGCUGGAGCCGAAGGCAGGGAAACACCCUGGAUAGAUGGUUGUCAGAUAACAUGCUGGAUUAACUGUUCUGAUGUUAUACUGUUCAUUUGAGAAUCUGGGCGUCCCAGAGCUCAGGCAGCUGAUUGGUCGCCUCGCGGCCCUGCCUGUGAAGGAGGCGUCUCUCAGCUUUCAGACGCAGCAUGAGAUUUAUUUGAGGAUUUCUAAAGUGAAAAGAGACUCUCUGGCCAUCGUUUGCCAUUGUGCGUAAUUCAAAUUGAAUUUUGCUAACAAAAUGAUUUCAUUUGUGCUUUGCUCUCUUUAAAAUAAAUACACUUGCUUUGAUAUUGUAUUAUCUUCUGCAAUGACAUUCUUACAUUUUAAGUGUGAAUUGUGUCCUAAUGUUUUUGGGGCCUCUGUACGUUUACAGAUGACUGCCUGUGUGUUCAGAUCUGUUCAGAAGAACCACAACAACAUGUAAUAGUAAUGCAAAAACUAAAUUAUAAUGCACAGUCUGUGCAGUGAGGAUUAGAGAUGUGUAACGGUCCUGGUCAAUAAAGAUAACGUGACUGAAUGAAAAUAAAGAGAAGGACUGUGCCGAUGUUCAGAAUAGGACACUAACAUACUGUCACUAUUGCUGUAAUUUGAAGCAAACUGUCUGUAUGCAAUACUGGAUCCUUCAAUGCAAUGCGUUCGACUGGACCUUCCAUUUCAGUGUGACGAAUGAAGCACAGGCGACUUCAAAUAUCAGCUAUUUUUUAUUUGUAAUAGCAGUAUUCAGUAAGGAGUUUGUUAGUAUUCCACUCUGAACAUACUGUGAAUGAAAUGUGAUAAUCAAGGAACAGAAGUUAUAAUCCUGUGACCAUCUCUAACAUGCACACCUGCAAGACAUAAAUAAAUCUUUUACUAAUA